AUGGAAUCGAAAGCUCUGUCAAAAUCUUCAGGGAGAACUUUUUUUUCCUACUACAACUGCUACUGCUGGUACUAUGCCUAUUAUUUCAGUGACUUAUCGAAUGAUUUUUCCAUUUUUCAGAUUCAAAGCAACUCAUAUAAAAAGGCUGUCCGUAGGUUGGAGGCAUUAGAGAGCCUGUUUGAAAAGCAUGAAACUGCAAAAUCCCCGCUUAUACAGCAAAAGCUUAAACUGUUAAACAGGAAGGAAGAAUUGACAUCCAAGAUCAGAUCAAUUAAGAAAACAAUGCGUUCUUCCACAGUUUUGGCUUUUAAAGAUGAGCUUAAGGCCAGAAAACGGGUUCUAAGGAGGCUAGGAUAUAUUACAAGUGAUGAUGUUGUUGAACUGAAGGGCAAGGUUGCUUGUGAUAUCAGGUGCUGAUGAGUUCACUCUGACUGAGAUUAUGUUCAGUGGGGUUCUGAAAGAUGUAAAGGCAGAAGAAAUUGUUUCUCUUCUCUCUUGUUUUGUUUGGCAGGAGAAGCUCCAAGAUGCUGCAAAGCCCAGGGAGGAACUAGAGUUGCUCUUUACACAACUACAGGAUACAGCACGGAGGAUGGCCAAAGUUCAGCUUGAAUGCAAGGUAUACUAGAUACUUCAUCUU